AUGGAUUCCUUUAACAAACAAGAUCCUGAGGAAAUAUUUGAUAUUAUUUGUAUUCUUGGAUAGGGAAAUUAUGGAAAAGUAUUUAAGGCCUUAUGCAAAUAAGAUAAAAAAGAAUAUGCAAUAAAAGUUAUGCUAGUAAAUGAAGAUAUUUUUUAAAUUAGCAAAGAAAUAUCAAUCUUAUAAAAUUGCAAGAAUCAAAAUAUUGUGGGCUAUUUUGGUAGUUUUUUUAAAGAUAAUGCUAUUUGGCUUGUUACUGAAUAUUGUGAAGGUGGUAGUGCCUUAGAUCUGAUUAAAAUUAUUUAAAGAACUUUUAAUGAACAAGAAAUAUCAGCAAUACUUUAUCAGGCUCUAUUGGGUUUAUAAUAUUUGCACGAUAAUAAAAAAAUACAUAGAGAUAUUAAAGCAGGAAAUAUUCUACUAAAUGAAAAAGGAGAAGCUAAAUUGGCUGAUUUUGGUGUAUCAGCAGAACAGACUUAUACAAAUGCAGAAAAGUAAACAUUGAUGGGCACACCUUAUUGGAUGAGUCCAGAAGUAUUGGGUAAUUCAAAAUAUAACAAUAAAACUGAUAUAUGGUCAUUAGGUAUUACAGCAAUAGAACUAGCAGAAGGAGAACCUCCUUAUAGUAAUAUCCAUCCUUUUAGAGCUAUGUUUGCAAUAAAAAAAAAUCCACCUCAAGGACUUAGCAAUCCUACUUAAUGGAGUUAAGAAUUUAGUGAUUUUGUAAAAAAAUGCUUGACUCUUGAUUCUAAUUUAAGACCAAGUGCAAAAGAUCUUUUAUCUCACCCAUUUAUUAAGCAGGCCAUAAAUUACUCACAAUACAUUCUUUCAGAGCUAGUUAUAGAAAAUCAAGAACUGAUUGAAUAAUAUAGACAAGAAAAUUUUAACAGAGAUGAUGAAGACGAUGACGAAGAAGAAGAGGAAGAUUAAGAGGAUGAAGAUGAAGAAGAUGAUAAUUACAGAAACCACAGACAGAAAGGAGAACGUUAUGGUGAUGAAGAAGAGGAAAAAGUUGUUCGUGCUAAAAAUAAAAAAGAGAAUGUAAGUGAUUAAGAAAGUGAAGAUACAGAGAAUUAUAUAGAAGAAGAAAGUUCGAGCAUGACAGAUAAUAAGUCUAAAUCUCAUUCAUAAAAUUAAAGUACUAAAUUUAAAAAAUAGCCUAAAUCAUCAUAAUUUAAUGAUGAUGAAGAAGAAGAAGAAGAAUAUUCAGAAAGUGGCUAAUACUCUUAAACUGAUUAAGAAAGUUAAUAAGAGAGUCAAGUGCAUUUAGAUGAGAAAUCUUUAAAAUAAUAAAUGCUAAAAAAAUAAUAGGAAAAAUAUAGCAUAGAUUCUUCCAAACAAAUAUUAUAAAAAGAUAGACUAAUAGAAAACAAUCUGCAAUAACUUGUCUCCAAAAGAAAAUAGGAUGAUAGUGCAACAGACUUAAAGCAGUUAUCAAAAAAAUUGAAUGAAAGGUCAGAUGAUUUAAAUUAGCUUUCAAAAGGAAAAUUAAACUAAAAUGGGAAUUUAGGAUUAAGUAGUAAAAGCAAAGAAUUAGUUGAAAAAUAUAGCAAAAAUAAUUAAGAAUUAAAUGACACAUCUAAAGAAAAUAGUGAAUACGAUCUUGAUUAACUUGGAUAAAUUUUAAAAGAUUCAAAAGAGCUAAAACCUUAGUAGAUGGAUAAAGACAAAAAGAAGUAAGGAUUUGAGAUAGAUUAAAAUGAAAAAUAUAAAUAACCAUAAGCAAAGUAAAAUACAUAAUAAAAAAAUGAAAAUAAAUAAAAUUUGCAGAGUAAAGAUGAAUAAUUGGGAAAUAAGAAGAAAAUUACACAUAUUGAUGAAUUAGAUGAUGACGAUAUGUCAUAAUAUAACAGCAAUACAAUGGUCAUAAAUAAAGAUGUAGAUUAGCCAAUAAAUAAAGAGUUUGUGGAAUGUGCUAGAUAAAUGGAAAGUAAAGGUAUGCUUGGUAAUUUUAAGUAAGAAAACUAGAAAGCAGCAUCAUAAAAAUAAUAAAAUGAAAAUAAAAACCAUUUACAACAAUAGAUUUAAUCUCAAAAUAAAUAAGAAAAUAAAAACUAAGUGCCACUUGAUUAACUUUAAAGCAAACUUUAAAAGCUUGAAAAAGAAAUGUUAUUAGAAAUUGAGGUUAUCAAAGACAGAUAUAAAAAGAAAAUAGAUGAUGUUUUAUUAAAUAUUUAAUCUCACCCAGAUCCUAAGGCUUCAUUAACUUAUUAAAAAUGCAAGAAAUCGUCAGCAUCACUAAUGAAAAAUAUAUCUGAAAUUCAUUUAAAUAGCUCUCUUUUGGAAUUCUCAGAAUCAGAUUUAGAAAAAAGUGUUUUUUCUUAAAGUAAAAACGACUUACAGUUAUUUGAGUAAAUGAAAAAUAAGCUAUUAGAAGAAGAUCUAAAAUCUUAAUAAAAGGCUAAAGAAAAAAAAUCAAAUACAAUUGAAUAGCAUAAAGAAAAUAAUUCUUAUCCUUAAAAUAAGAAUAGCUAAAAAGUAGAAAAAAACUACAAUGAUAUAGAACAAUCUAAAUAAAUGUAAUAACCAUAACGUAAAAAAACCUUAUCAAUUUUGUAAAAGAUGUCGAAACUUCCAUUUAAUUUUUAAGUUGAUGAUUAAAUGAUGAAUGAUAUGAAUUUAGCUGAAGCACAUUAUAAAAAUUUAGAAAACUAAAUACUUAAUCAACCACAAAGAAGUGCAGAUGGAAGUAGACUGUUAGGACCUCCACCUUCAUAAUCUUCUAAAAAAUAUUUACCAUUUGAAUUUGCUCCUAUACAAAAAUCAAAGGAUGGAAAUGUUGGAAGUAAUGAAAUUCAAGUUGGGAGAAAUGUUCCCUUUUCGUUUGCUCCUAUACUCAAUAAUUGA